GAGUUUUUACCACCUCUGCCAGCUCACUCGCCGCAUGGCACUUCCCCCGGGGGCACGUUAAACAGGAGGCAACCAGCAAGGGGCGGAAAACCCGAGGCCAGGAAGGAAUGGGAGCACGAGCCCCCAGCCAUUGAUCCGCUCUCUGCCCCCCGGGAACCCCAUAUUCCCGGCCCCCCGGCUCUGUCUGGAGGAGGGGCGGGGGUCUUUUUCCUAAUGCACGUGUCGGAGCUGGACUAAUCCCCGCUGCGGCUGGUGGGGGAAAUUGACACAAAAGAGCCCUGGAGGGUGAAACUGAGGCAGGCUGCCGGAUUUUUCAGCCAUUUCUUGCUGAGUUCUCGGGAGAUCUGCUCCGUCUCCGAUCGAUGCAGAGAGAGAUUCGCCAGCUGCGGGAGGGAAAAGCCAGUGCGUGUGUGUGGCGGCGUAGGGGGGACGGGCUGUAACCGGGGGCCCCGAACAAAAGGCAAAUCGGGCCACCAAGUAGCCCCCCUCCCCCCCGCACGCGCUCUUUGCAACCAAAUCCAGCUGGAGGAGCCAGCCAGGCUCUUCGGGAAGGCUUUGUGUCUGGCUGCUUUCGCUUUGGACUCCGCUCGGGAAGGAGAAAAAAAAUGGUGCAUGAUUCAAACCGGGAGAGAGGCGAUUUUCUGCUGCCUGGGGGGAGUGCAAAGUGGAGAGCUGGGGGAACAAGCGAUCGGGUUGUGCUUUUGCCCUUCUAGCUCUCCCCCAGUAGAAACACUCAUUUCCCCCCCUGUAGGAAGGGGAGAUUGUUGCCCGGGGAGCCAUGAACUGAAGCUGCUUCUUGGAUUGUUUGCGUUUUAACUCUUCCAAGUACCACAAGUGAGCUGCCGAUCCCUUGUGUUUGGAAAUCUCGCCGCGUUUGGGGAAGGAGGGGCGCGAUGGCGUCUGGCUUUUCCAAUGGACCCUGCGUCCAGAACGAAGCGGAGGUGGUUCACCUCUGCAGGAGUCUGGAAGUUGGCACCGUGAUGACUUUGUUUUACUCGAAAAAAUCGCAGAGGCCGGAGAGGAAAACUUUCCAGGUGAAGCUGGAAACCAGACAGAUCACUUGGAGCAGAGGGUCGGAGAAAAUAGAAGGAGCGAUCGAUAUUCGUGAAAUCCAAGAGAUUCGUCCAGGAAAUAAUUCCCGAGAUUUUGACCGAUACCAGGAGGAUCCCUCUUUCCGGUCAGACCCGUCUCACUGCUUCGUCGUCCUCUAUGGAAUGGAGUUCAGGCUGAAAACUCUCAGCCUGCAAGCCACAUCCGAGGAUGAAGUCAACAUGUGGAUCAAAGGGUUAAACUGGCUGGUGGGAGAUACUCUCAGAGCCCCCACCCCCCUGCAAAUCGAAAGGUGGCUCCGGAAGCAGUUCUACUCGCUGGAUCGCAACCGAGAAGACAGGUAAAGAGAGAGGAG